CGCCUCUCCGCACGUUGCGUUCAAGUGAAUUCUGCAAAACAGGCAGCCAAAGCGAAAGCCUACCGACUAGAGAUGAAUUUCCCAGCUACAGGCUGGCCAAGAUUCCGCAUGCACCCCGUGGCCGUCGCUCUUGUGUUUUGUUGACUUUUUCACUCAACCUAAAAGCCGCAUUACUGAACGCGAAUCCCGUAAGUACGGGGUGCGGCGAAGGCAUCAGCUGUCUUGGUUUUCUCGACGGCUGCUGUAAAGUCAACUCGCCGUAGCUAAAAGCGUCCUGUUCGAAUGACGACGCGGCCGUCGGUCCGGUUGCCGGAGCGUUCCUGAGCGCGACACGAGAGCACAACCGAACGCCGGCAAACGCGCGCAGGCACCGAGCUCGCCGCCAUUGUUGUUAGCAUAUUAGCUGCUACUGAAGCGUCGUCGAGGCCCUUCCAAACAUGACUUCAGCUUCCACCAAAGUAAGUCAGUCUUUCUAUUUGACAGUACAAUACUCCUAUUUCUUGACCGGAAAGCAAACAUCUAAUGGACGUCAGUUCAUUGCGAAGUAAGAUGACUCGUGUCGGCGAGUUGUUGAAUGACAGCGGAGGUAGCCAUGGCAACGGCGCUCACCUCUCCUCGUGUGCUCUGGGAAAAAACAGGAAGCUCGUUUUGUUGUUUCUUUUGCACGCAGGUUGGCGAAAUCUUUUCAGCGGCCGGUGCCGCUUUCAGCCGACUCGGAGAACUCACCAUGCAGCUUCACCCCGUGGCAGAUGCCAACCCCGCCAGCACUCACGCCAAGAGCCCGGCCAAGCGGAAGCACGAAGACAACGCUCGGAGCGGCUCGUCCGAGGCCGUCCCGCCGAAGAGCAAGAAGGCCGCCGCCGCCGCGUCGCCCGGUGCCGCCGCGAAGAAGCGGAAGGCCGCGGAUGUCACCCUGAGCGCCCUCAACAGCGACCUGGUGGACAUGGAGGGACCGGUUCGAGCUUGCCCGUCCAAAAAGCUCAACUUCGAUCAAGAUGCGUUGAACUUGGACUCCGGCCUCAUCAUGAACUCCGGCGACCUUCCUCUGCUGUCACGCUGACGUCGUCACGCGGUGCGCGCGCGGCCCCGUCCGAUACCCGCCGGAUAGCAUCGCACCGGAUUGAUUUGACUGUCCAAAGGAGUCUCGCGAUCGUUAUUUAUAACACGCCAUACGGUUUUCCACAACAAGUGGUGGGAAAAGAUUGCCAGGGCUGCUGAUUUGGGAAUAAAAGAUGAAAGUAUUGCUUGCGUACGUCGUCGGCCACUUCAAAUCGUGCGUGCAUUUAAUGACAGCUUCAACUGCAAUAAGCUUCUCUCAAAUGGCACGAAUGAGUUCAUUUGGACUUUUCGGGACCGAAAGUUGUCGGCGUGUUUGAAUGAAAAACGGGUUUCAGGCGUUUCCAUUCCUUCUCCGUGAAACGUGCAAUAAACAAAGCUGACGUAAAUCUGUCGGAGCCACGCCUUCCGCCGGAAACGAUGCGCCGUCCCGCACAUUGUCACAAAAACACAACGACCAGAGAGACGUGGACCGCCGGUCAGCUUUUAUUAUUCAACGUACAGCAUUUGAGUUGGAUGUUGAAAUGUAACAUUCUGUCUCAUUUUCCACAUUUGUGAGUGAACGAGCACUUUCGAGCCGUCCAUUUGGACAUUUUCAGAUGAAGCACACGCAGACGUGUGAUGUGACCGCACAGCACCGCAGAGAGACGAUGCCGCUAUAAACCCUCGAAACGCACAACCGUGGAAAAUCGGCAGAAUUGGCAGCGCGUCGGGGUUUGGAGUGACCCUGCCUCGCCAUCUUCAAACACACGGACGACAAUACGCUCUUUUUCUUUUUGAUCAACUUGACAGAAGCCGCGGACAAGUGAGCAUCCGCACGCUCUCCGGGAAAUCGGAAACAGCUCCCUGAGAAGAACAAUCCUUUUUUUCCUGUCAAAACAUGAGUCACGCGUGACGCCUUUCUCACGAUUCAUAAUUACAUUUUGAAUAAUUGAAUUGAAUUUUCAUUCAAGACCUCUGUAACAUAAUGGUGACGAGUCACCUACAACAUCAGCAUUUCACCCCGUUCAAACUCAAUUUAAGCCGUGGAUAAUUGACUUGAGGUGAAUUCAAGUUAUCUUGGAACUGGACGAGUCAGAAUGAAAUGAGAGAUAUCUCAACCUGGACUGAGACAUAUCCGUGAGCAAUGCCCCGUAUUGAAAAUGCACUUUUAUCCGUGACUUGCUCGUGGACAUUGGCGGCCGGAUAGCAAAGGUGUGGAACGAUGAACCCCGUGCACAUGAAUGGCAACCGUGACGUCAUGGAGAUCUUGAAUGAAAAUUCCAACUCCUCUUUUCGGACUGCAGUCAGAACGACGUUGUCGAUAUCCAACGGCGUGAACGCCGGACGGUCACGUUUAGCUUUUAAAUAUUGAGAAGGCAGAAACACCGCACACAAAUGGAGAAAUGACACUGCAGAGAUAUGAAAUGCUAAUGGCGGCUGUCCCUCGCGCAGUUCGCCUUUACACUCGCGCGCUUUUGUAAGCGUGCUGCAGUUCUCCUCCCAGUCGGGGGUGUCGCUACGGCUGGUAUUGGGGCGGAGUUUCCUUUGCAUUUCUGCCGUUUUUACUUUUCUUUCAGUAACAAGGAACAAAGCAACAACAAUGGCGACCGCGACAGAACAAAUGGACCUCGAUGACACGUUUAAUUAUGCGUCAAAAGCGAUCGAGAAGGCGGCGGUGGCGUAAAUGGUAUGUAGAACAGAGGGGCACGCCGAGUACGUCAUCACAGCAUGUGACUAAAAGGGACCAAUCAGGCGAGAUGACGCGCAGCAACUAUUUUUGUCGGCCGCGCGGGGCAAUUCGUCGGUCACGUGACCGGGGAGCGGAGAGGCCUUUCAAAAGCAAAAAAGCCAAUCGCCGUAACAAAGACAACGUGGCGUCCGCAAACCACGCGACACGCCCUUAAUCGAUGCAGGGACCAGUGCGUUGAGUUCACAGCGUCGCCACCGUUUUCUACGACUUUACCUUCCAACUCAUUCAAGCGCUUGACGAGCGACACAUUUCCUUCCCCGACUGUCUGAGUUGGCGGCAUUCUGCACACCAUACGGGUUCGAAAUGGUUUGGGCCGUCGACUCGACAAGCGAAAUAAGUCCGAUGAAACGCGAGUCCUACCUUGGACGAGGUGACCCCGGUGGGAAAAGAAGAAAAGAAGCCCAAAUGGAAGCGGACAGUUGGGCUGUCGGUGACAUUUGAAAACGGCCCC